CGUGCGCGCUGAAGUGCCCUUCUACGACCCGCUUUAAUUUGCCGAGAAGAAAUUCGCGCUAUGGCACAGCCACUGGCAGGACUAGAGACGGAAGCUGAUGAAGCGGGGCCAUCGGGAGCAGUGGCCUUCCCCGCGGGGACAGCGAAUUCGGAAGAGGACCUGGGUGUGGCUGUGGUAAUGUCUGAUGGAACCAUGUGCAUCCGAGAAGACGAAAUGCGAAGAAUCAUGCAAUCUCUUAACUCGUAUAUCCGUGAUCCGAUGCCGUUUGAGAAAAUGGUCAGGCUGUUUGUGGAACCAGUUUACCACCGUAGUGAUUCCAGGGCCACCUGCCGUGCCCUGAGAAAAGCAGCUCGCAAACAGAAUCUCAGCAAGGAGGCGCUGUUAAGAGACAUCGUGUGGAUGGUCAACUUGUUUGUUGCUUGCGGUUCCAAUAUUAGUAAAAUGGAGGAAAGGCUUGACACCCAGGAAUUUGCGAUGUUCAAGAGACUCGAGGAGAGGUACAAUCUGCUGGAAAAAGCAACCGCGGGCGUGCUUACACUCUCCAGUGCUUACUUCCAGUGCUUACACUCUCCCGUGUGGCCACGACUUUUUAUUAUGCCACUGUUUAUGCCACAGUCCAGCUCCGGGACAGGUUACCAGUCUCCCCGGAAGCGAUGUGCCUGA